CGGAAGAAAAGAAAAGAGAAGAAAAGAGAAAGGAGAAAGGGAAAAGAGGGAGAGAGAGGGAAAGGAAGGAAGGAAAAGAUGGAGAAGAGAAAGAAAAAGAAAACUAGAAAAGGGAAGAAAGAAAGAAAGAGAAGUGAGAUGUGGGAGAGCGCACAACGGGGAACAGGGAGUAAGACGCAAGAAGAAAACGAAAAGAGAAACGGAAGAGGAAGAAGUGAAUUUGGAUUCUUUGUUGGCUGGGUUUAGUUUCAGAAGGAGAGAUCUCAGUAUGGAAUGGGUGAGCGGGUUUAAUCUUCUGAGAGAAAAACCAGUACGAGACGAAAGACGAUUCCUCUCAACAAUGGAGGAGGUCGUUUCCAAGUUUGCUGGGAAGAUCACGCUCUCUGAAGCUGAGCAGGAGGAAGUGAUCCACGUCAAAACCCACGAUUUUGAGGCCUUCAAGACCAAGUUAGACCUAUCUCUGGUAGGAAAGGUCCUCACUACCAAACCCUUCAGCAGAAUCGAUCUCAAAACCAAGAUGGUCAUGGCUUGGAAUCCCACAGAAGACAUGAAGAUUCGAGAAAUAGACGACAAUCUAUUCCUAUUUGUAUUCGGAAACAUGGAAGACAAGCAGAGAGUGCUUGACAAUGGCCCUUGGCAUUUUGACAAUGCCUUGUUGGUUCUGGACUACACAGAUGGGACUGUGAGCCCAUCUGAAAUGAAGCUGAACCAUGCAGAUUUAUGGGUCCAAGUCCACAACUUGCCAUUGUUGGGUAUGAAUGUGGUCCUUGGGAGAAGGAUAGCCAACUAUUUGGGAAAAUGCCUAGAGGUUGAGGAAGAGGGUGAUGGAGAAUGUUGGGGCAAAUAUAUGAGGUUGAGAGUGAGGUUGGAUGUCAUGCAGCCGUUGCGGCGCGGCAUGAAGAUUUGUCUUGAAGGGUGUGAGCCAAUAUGGGUGGAUUUCAAGUAUGAAGGGAUACCGGAGUUUUGUUACCAUUGUGGGAUUUGGGGGCACAAUGAGAGUGAAUGUGAAGUUGUGAUUGGGAAGGAAAGGGGGGUUUUGUUUGUGACAUUUUCUCGGAUGUGGGAGUAUGUAUCUCCUUGGGUUGGAUUGUGGUCCAAGGAAGAGGAAGCAAUUGAUUUUGGGAGUGGAAAUGAGGAAUUGAAGGAACGUAAUUCGAAGCUUAGCCAUACAGAAGGACUGAAGAGAAAGGGUGAUCAGGAAGACUUGACAAAGGGUGAAGAUAUGGAGAGGCAAGAGGUGAUUGAUGAAUCAAAGGAAUGCAGUCCGAAGCUUAGCAAUACAGAAGGACAGGAGAGCAAUGGUGAUCAGGAAGACCUAAGCAACUUAACCAAGGGUGAAGAUAUGGAGAAGCCAGAGGUGACUGAGGAAUUGAAAGAAUGUAGUCUGAAGUGCAGCCAUACAGAAGGACUGGGGAGCAAUGGUGAUCAGCAAGACUUACAUAGGGUUGGAUUUAAAUUUGGUUCCAUAGGGCUACAUGAAGUUUGUGCAGAUUCUUCGACAAAGAGUGGAUUUCAAUUUGUUCCUGCAAAGCCAGAGCCCUUGAAAGAGACGAGAGUCUUAGGAAAGGUGAUCAGGCGAAAUAGAAAGUAUGUCAGGAAAGUAAGUAAAAACUGAAUGGAGAGCAGCCUAGCUAUAUAUGCGGUAUGAUCUAUGCCUUGUUACUUAAGAUAGAUCGACUUUGAGUUUGAUGUACUUUAUUUUGGGGUCUCAAGACUUUGAAUUUUGCAAAUAAAUGGAUUAGGCAGUUCAAAUGAAGUGUCCCAGCAGAAAAUGGUUUGGUUUCUGUGCAUAGUUCUCUCGGAAUUUAUGUUCUCAAUUCUUUGAACGUACACCUGGGCAUAUUUUCAUGAUUCUAUGGAAUGUUUAUGUACUUGUAUAUAUA